AUGGAAAAUUUGAUUUAUUUCAACUCUGUUGGUGAGUACAGCCUAAGCUAUAUCGAACAAGAAUUUUCCUGUAUCAAGUCUCUGAUUCCCAACAAAAAAUUGAAGGAUAUAGAAUGAAGGAAUAUUCAUAUUCCAAUCUUUAAAUCAAGUGAGUAUUUAUUGUCGUAUAAAAAAUUUGAAAUUGAAAGUAAGCAUCUUGAAAAUUUAUUUUACGCAGAAAAAAGCUUUGGCUUUGAAAAUUAUAAAUCAUCAGAAAUCAUAUCAAUUCAAAGCUUUAGAGUGUUGAAAAAGAAGCAGACUGAGAUUUUAUUAUAUUUUGAAGAGAUAAAAAAUGAGAAUAAUUUAAAUGUUGAGCAUUGCGAUAUAAAUUAUAUUCAAACAGAUGAAAGAUGCAUUGAUAUUUUAGUUGAUGAAAAGCAUGAUAAAAAAAAGAAUCAAUGGCCUUUGCAAAACUAUGUGAUAGAAUUUUUUCAAAUUGCAAAGCCAGAAGUUAAUUUAUAUAGCCAAACACUCACAGUCCAGCCUUUCUUUCUAGAAAUCAAGAAUCCACAAUUAUUUUACUCAUUAUCACUUUCACUCUAUUCUUGCUCUCAAAAGUCACUUUCAUAUCCUAUAGAAAUUUUACGCUAUGAGAAUGCUUCUCUACAAAAGCCUUUAAUCCAAAUAUUUCAAUGCAGCUUGAGAAUUUAUCAUUGUGAAAUUAAGCCGAAACUGCUUUGUUACAUAGAAACGAAGACCAUAGUUCCAAAACUUUGUAUAGACAAUUCCACUUUCACUUCAUCUCCAAGAUUGCAAUUUUCUGAAUGCGAUUCAAUAGAAAUCCAAGAUAAAUCUUACUCCAAAGAAGACUCCAUUUCAAAAUUUGAUACAAAAACAAUUGAGCAGAAAGUUAUUUCUAUUCAAAGGUGAUGGAAAGGAAUAAAGACUUCAAAUAAAUAUUUAAAUAAAAAACCAUCAACUCCUAAAUUCAAUGGAAAUAUUGCAAAACUGUUUGUCACUGAAACAUUUUGGCAUUCAGUCAUCCCUGAAACUAAAACUAAACACUCAAAAAGCCAAGACCUCAAUAUAUCUUCAAUAUCAGUAACAUCAACACACAGUAUUGAAAGCACAAAAGGUAGACGUUGCAAGUUCAAUAAAGCUUAUGUGAGGAAUAUAAAUGCACUUAUUCCUGCUCUCCAAAAACUUAUAAAUAAACACAAUAAGAUGGGUUUUUGGAAGUUGCAAAGCACGAUGCCUAAAUAUUUAAGAAGAAGAUAUUAUUCUAUACAAAAAGGAAUUAAAGCAAUUAUAGGAAUUUGCAUCACAAAGCCUUCAAAUGAAGCUUUUGAAAUACUAAAAUAUGUACUCUAUGUUAAUACUGCUACACCUCAUCAUAGACUUGUAAAAUUCAAGCCUGAAUUGUUUGAAAAAUAUCUCCAUACUAAAAAUAUUCAAAGGGUUGCGAAAAGCUAUUUAAAAAGGAAACAAUAUUUAUUAUGGAGCACAGCUCAAACAAGCAAUGAAGCAGAUUUGUCUUCAUCAGCAUAUGAAUCAGCUAUUUUAAAUCAAUCUUUUCUAUAUAAAAAACAAAAUAAUUCAAUGCAGGAAUUUGUAAACAAAUCAAGGGCUUAUAGACUAGGAAAAACUUUUAAUAAAAUUAUCUUGAGAAAAAGAAAAGAUUUUAUGUCUUCAUUGUUUAAGUUUUCCAACAUCACAAAAAAAAUCAGUUUUUAUAAGAUACAAAAAGGCCUGACUCUCUCUUUUUAAGCGAACAAAAAAAUUUUGUUUUCCAAGGAGGGGGUCAAUUUUUUUAAAUAAAUUUUAUAGUAAAAUUUGCUCUUCAAAACUGAAAAAAAAAACCAACUCACUAAAAUUUAUGCUUUAAAAAUGCAAAGCUGUUUUAUAUUAAAAAAAAAUUAGCUCAGUUGACUUUUCUCAAAAUUCAAUGGUUUUGUUCACUUACAGAAUGGGGGAGUGAAAAUAAUUGGGAAAUAUAUAUCGAUUACAUUAUCAGAUUCGCUUGUCAAUAUAAAAACCAAAGUUUGAGCUUAA